AUGGACGAAAAAGAUGAGACGACGAGUUUAAUCUCAGCGACUCAGUCUACUAUCUAUGGCACAGCUGCGGCAGCGGCGGAUACUGUCCUUGAAGCAGUGGAACCAGCUACGCUCUCAUGGAAAGACCUGCGCGUUUCGGUCACCAAAGGAGGCAGACAGUUGCUGCAAGGUGUCACUGGCCUAGCUCGGCCAGGCGAACUCGUGGCGUUGAUGGGAGCGAGGUAACU